UCCAGCGGUGGGAAGGAUGAUGAAGUGUGCGGCGGGAUGGUGGGAGCAGCUGUUGGAGUGAGCGCCGCCAAGCCAGAUCAAAAUGGGAAUUAUGAGCUUCUUGUGGACCUAAAGUAACCCUGGAUCUGGACUUAACUUUCCUGUGUCCUGACCACGCUGGACCGAAAGUGUACCUGGACUAAACCUCGCCCCUGAAAAGCUAUGGUUUUUAUUUAAUGACUGCAAAAAUCAAUUUCAUUUUCCCCUUUUCUCAUUUAUUGAUGAUUUCUGAUCAUUGAUGAGCCAGUAGACAUCUUCGACAUGCUUAUUCUUCAUCUACUUUUGGUCCUGAGCGUGGGCUGGCGGGCCGUCGGCUCCGAGCCCUCGUCCAUCACCAUCCAGUACCUCGUCUGGGAGGAGCAGCCUGCGGGAACCCGGGUGGGCCGGCUGGUGGACGACCUCUGGCAACGGGACCAGAUGGGUCCUCUGGAGAACUUCCAGGUCGUGGAGCACGGGCGGGCCCUUCCCUUUGCCAUCAACGCCGGCGACGGCGAGGUCUCCACCCAGGGCCGCUUGGAUCGGGAGGAGCUGUGUCGCGGCGCGGUUGAGUGUGAGGUGAACUUUAGCGUCCUCUACAGGAAAAGCGGGGAAAUGCAGUGCCUGAGGGUUCAUGUGAAGGUGAUGGACCUGAACGACCACAGUCCCAGUUUCCCCAGCCCUGUCCAGGAAGUGGAGAUCUCGGAGAUGGCUGGCCUACAGAUGCGGAUCCCUCUCGAGUCCGCGGUGGAUCCGGACGCAGGAGCCAAUGGGCUUCAGACCUACUCGUUGUCCAUCAACCAGCAUUUUGCUCUGGAUGUGACUUCUGCGCUGGGUGGCACUAAACAGGCAGAGCUGAUAGUGAUCAAAGCGCUGGACCGGGAAGUUCAGGGAUCGUUUGCGCUCACACUGGUGGCGUGGGACAAAGGGGACCCCCCGAGGUCUGGGAGUACUUUAAUCCGUGUUAACAUUCUGGACUCCAACGAUAACAGCCCUACAUUUGAGGACAGUGCCCCCACAGUGGAGAUACCUGAAGACACGGAACGUGGGACAACCAUCAUUACCCUGAGAGCCACAGACCCUGACCAGGGGACCAACGGGGAGGUGGAGUACUCGCUCAGUAAGCACACACAUCCUAAUGUUCAGAGGCUCUUCUUUGUGGAUCCACAGAGUGGCGCUGUGAGCAUCAGAGCUCCUCUGGACUAUGAGGCCCAAACCUCUUAUGAAGUGGUGAUCCAGGCACGUGAUCUCGGACCCAACUCAAUUCCCUCGCACUGCAAACUCCAUGUCAAGCUUGUGGAUGUCAACGACAAUGCUCCGAGGAUCCACAUGACCUGGACUCAUCCCAGCUUUCCAGCUGCAACGGUCCUGGAGGGGGCGCCAGUGGACACCUUCCUCGCCUUGGUAAUGGUUUCGGAUGCAGACUCGGGAAAAAAUGGGAAAGUGGAUGCCAUGAUAAAGCACGGUUCUGGGCCCUUCCAUAUUAAAAAGGUCCAUGGUGAAAAUUACAUGAUUGUAACUGCAGAUGUCCUGGAUCGAGAGAAGGUGAUGAACUAUAACGUCACGCUGGUGGCGCGGGAUUACGGAGAUCCACCGUUAUUCUGCGUGAAACAUCUGCCCGUCCGAGUUCUGGAUGAGAACGACAACGCACCAGUGUUUUCCUCAGCCAUCUACAAAGCUUCCUUUAGGGAGAACAAUGCUGUAGGGUACCACGCCCUCAAGGUCCAAGCGCACGACGCGGACUUGGAACUCAGUGGCAGAGUUCUGUAUCGCCUUCACAACUCCAGCGACGUAAAGACCCCCACUCAACCCUUCUCCAUCCACCCAACCAGUGGCAUCAUCAACGUCCUUCAGCCUCUGGACUACGAAGAGCACCAGUCAUACUUAUUCUUGGUGGAGGCCAUGGACCAGGGCCACCCGCCUCUUAAGACCACAGCCAGAGUGCAAAUUGACAUCCAAGAUGUGAAUGACAACUCCCCAGUCAUCAAGGAGCCCCGACCCCAAGACGGAGUGGCUCGGCUGAGUGUUCCCAUCAACGCGGACCACGGCGAGAUUGUGUCAGAUUUGGGAAGUGACUCCGAGGAAGGAUUGUCUGCUUUGCCCAUUGAUCACUCAGUCCGAGAAGAAUUUGACGUAUUUCUCGCCUCCACAAUAAAGGCUGAAGAUUCCGACUCGGGAACAAACGGACAACUCCAGUAUUUCAUCACCGACGGGAACCCGCACGGGCUCUUCUGGUUGAAUCAGGCCACGGGCCAACUGUUUGUCAACACCACAAACGCCACCCAACUCAUUGGGAAAACGGUGAAGUUAGGCAUUUCGGUCUCCGACAUGGGCACGCCUAGCUUGUCCACUAAAGCUACACUUGAGGUGACGUUCAUCAACCUCAAAGACCACUUGAAAAACUCCUCUGCUGGGGGUCGGGAUCGGCUCAGCUUCACCAUGAUGCUGGCCAUCUGCCUGGGGGUGACCUGCAUCUUGUUGCUUCUCACCAUAGCCUCGGUCAACACCUUCUGCCGACCAGACAAAAGGGAACACCGGGCCUACAACUGCAGGGAGGCUGAGUCCACGUACACCCGUCACCCACGCCGACCACAGAAGAACAUCAGAAAGUCGGACAUUCAGUUGAUUCCCGUGAUGAGGGACCGCAAAGAGGACCCCCCACUGGAAGAGAGCGAGAAGCCACCGCUCACUCCAUCACAUGACCAAAACGCAGAGAAACACUUUGAGUUGACCCCGCUGAUGAUGAACUCGAGCUUCCAUUCUCAGACUCAACUGCAGGGCACCGCCCCUCAUGGGAGAACACUACGGAAACCUGGAAGCAUCCAACUGGACGACACUUUACCUAUAACGCCGGCAACAUCCUAUCGGUCACUUCGCAAGGCGAGAAACCCAUCAUCGGCGUCUUCUUCGGGGUCUCGUUCAAGCACGUUGAAGCGGGAGACGUCGUCUUCGACACCUCAGGCGACUCUCAGGAGACCAAAGAUGGCGGAGGCUCGAGGGUCGAGUGACGGGGAACAGCGACAGAUGUUCCAGAAUCUGGUGCGACUGUCCAUGGCCGCCUUGGCAGAGUCAAUCGAGCUCUCCUCCACAACCCCAGAAGUGCAGCAGAUCUCUCAGCUCCUGUCACUCCUCCGCCAAGGUCAGCUGCAGCCUCGGACCAACUUCCGCGGAAACAAAUACUCGCACCGAGCCGCAAGGUAUGCAGGUCAGGACUGUUCAGACUGGCAGAGCACCAAGGACAGCGGGCACGGCGAGAGCGAGGCGGGCGACAUGGACUGGGAGGCGGGCAGGGAUUCUCCCGUCGACCCGCAACUCGAGGAGGGACUGCACAACCUGCUCAACAACCCUGAAGACGUGUUCUCGGAGGCCGGCGAUCCAUCGUGGAUGGCGCGUCUGUCCGUGACUCUGUCGGGUGAUUACCACGACAACGUCUUCGUGCCCAACGAGCCGCCGUCCUCCGACAGCGAGCUGAUGCCACGCAAUGCCUUGGACUCUUCGUCCUCCUUCUCUACCUUUGGGAAGACCCCAGACAAAGACGGCCCGCUGGGUGGGGCCCUGCUGUCCGAGGUCAGCACGCUCUUUGAGAUGUUGAUGACGCAGAAGGCCGACGCCCACCCGGGCCCCCGAGCCGACGUCCUCUACCGGCUGUCGUCGGCGUAUCGACGCUCGCUGGAGGCGGACCCCGCCGCGGCCGCCGCCAGCGCCCCAACGAGGGGCCUGGCCCCGCAGCCUGGACAAUUUUAACACUGGAAAACCCAAGAAAUCACGUGACGCGUCAUCUAAAAUCAUCGCUUUUGUUCUCGAAUUUAAACCCACAAGUGAUUCGUUUUUGCUUGGCGGAAAGCAAAAAAGUGACAUAUCGUACGUCCAAAUAUUGCCGAAAUGGAUCAAACUUUCCCUUGAUUGUUGCCAACGGAAUCUGUUUUUUUCGUACCAUAGAUACCAUAGAUACCUGGAGCUGCACUGUAGAUUCGGAGACGAUAAUAAACAACAAAAUUGCAAAAAUGAGGACAAAAUGAGAAACACGUACAAACUCAGAAAAAACUUUUCAGUACAGUUAUACAUUUUUUUUUAGCCAGUGAGCGUCAAUGUCCACUUCAAAUCAAAGUAGCACCCUUCUUGUCUCCGACUGGUGAGAGCUUCUGCCUCACAGAUCUGAGGACCGCAGUUCAAAUCCUGCUUACGUGGCCACUCCGGUUUUCCUCCCACAUCCCCCAAAACAUGCACUGACGGUUAAUUGAAGACUCCAGUUUGCGCUGUGAAUAUGAGUGCGAAUGGUGUUUGUUUCUAUGUGCCCUCCGAUUGGCUGGCAACCAGUUCGGGGUGUACCCUGCCUCCUCCCCGAAGAGAGCUGGGAUAGACUCCAAUACUCUUGCGGUCCUCGUGAGGAUAAGCAGCUCAGAAAAUUCAUGGAUCGCCAUCUACCGUAAUUUUCGGCCUACAAUCCCCAAAUUUUUUCACACCCUUUCAACCCUGCGCUUUAUGCGGUUAAUUUGUGCGUUUUGUUCCAACGGCCGCAAGGGGGCACUCGAGUCGAAAAGGUAAAAAUGAGACCGGUUUAAUAUAUGUGCCGAGGAAGUGACUUCUACCGGCCCUGUAGGCGCCCAGUGCGGCAACGCGACCGAUCCCGGAGAAGCCGGCGGGAGCCCCGGGGAGAGUUCUCUUUUCUGCGUGAAGGGCAGGGCAGCCCUGGAAUGGGUUCGCCCCGAGAGAGGGGCCCGCGCCCUGGAAAGCGUCGCGGUUCCGGCGGCGUCCGGUGAGCUCUCGCUGGCCCGUGAAAAUCCGGGGGAGAGGGUGUAAAUCUCGCGCCAGGCCGUACCCAUAUCCGCAGCAGGUCUCCAAGGCAACUCAGAUCGGUAACUUCGGGACAAGGAUUGGCUCUAAGGGCUGGGUCGGUCGGGCUGGUGUGCGAAGCGGGGCUGGGCGCGCGCCGCGGCUGGGGGAGCAGCCGCCCCGCCGCCCGCCCUUCCGCUCUCGCCGGAGCUAUGUUAGCACUGCGCUAGCGUUAGCUCUGCAUAAGCAUGUUGCUGCUGUGUUAUUGGAGUUCUCAGUGACAUUUACUGGUAAUUGUGUUUUAACCGGCCCUGUUAGCGUUAGCACGGCGCUAGCGUGAAACUCUUUCUCUGUACAAUUUUUCUUUUUAAAUAUCUCCCGUUUGAACGUGGGUUUUAAUGUGGGCACUUGCGGCUUUUACACGGCUGCGACCAACAUAUGUACCAAAUUGUAUUUCCUUUACUAAUUUACUCGGUGAGGCUUGUAAGCAGGUGUGGUCUGUAGGCCAGGAAUUACGGUACCAAUGAUGCACACUUCCAACAAAUUUCAUCACAAGUCAAACUGGCUUCUGAGGCCGGAUUUUUGUUUUUGGUUUUAUGAUUUUGCCAAAUCUCAUUGAGUUUUUAAGUGUUUCACAUGCAUAUGCAUUUUAAUUUUGGGCUAUUCGGUUCUCUUAGCACAGUGGCAAACAACAAGUCAGAGCGAAGAGCAAAUAAUGACGGUUUAGUUGUAAAAAGAUGAAAUAUGACAUUUGUGACACGUCAAAUGUCGCUUGCCCUGACAAAUGGGCGAGCGUUGAGACUGGACGCAAUUUUUGUUCGUGUCAACACUGAACUAAUUGUUACUCCGUAACCCGAAAGAAGAAGAAGAUGGCAACGUUGCCUUCGGGGACAAACGGACAAAUUGCCACAAGAAGGUCGCUGGCUGGAAACAAUGAAGUGAAGAAAGAGGAAGUGUGAGAAAGGAAGUAGCGCUAAUGGCAAAUAAAGUGGAGGGAGUCAAGUAGCCUCAAGACAGAGGCUUUUGCUUAAAAAUGGAUCAUAGAAAAGGGGAGGAGGGGAGUUAUGGGUGCAAGGUGACAGCAUGACCACUUUAAAUGUUACAAACUGCUGUUAUUGAGGGAGGGGAGGAAGCACUUUGUACAUAUUUGUUGCUUAUCAAACAUUGUCGUGGCUUUUUUUCCUAAUAAACCGAAGCUCAUGUUAAAAACACUGAUCUAAAAAAAAUAUUGGGUAGCUCAUUGGCCACCAAAGCUGAAGUCGCCGAAAGCGGAUAUCCGCCAUUUUGAUACUCCCAAAACAACCAUUCCGACAGGUUUCGUGGCUGUGAGAAAACAUUCCACAGGUAAGUUAGAAAGAUUUACUUUGACACUGUUAAAAUUUGUUUGUAAAGGUUUUUUUAUUUUUCAUUUUCUGAUGAUCUGAAUUCACUCGGACAAAGUUUUGUUUACGGUUGUUGUCGUUCGCUGUUCGCUCUCUGCUUCACAUUUAUAGGCCGUCGUUUUUUUUCACACAAAAAAAGCGAUGUAAAUAUUUUCCCAAACUUGAGCUGUGGAUAAGCAAGAAAACACAUUUGAGAUUUUUUUUGGAUGAAUUUUAUAAUACAGAACUCUGCAAAUUUAACUUGAUUUUCAAAUGCGAGGAAACACGUUUAAAUUUUCUGUCUGAAAUAGGAUGUCGCAGAUGAACAAUGCAUUUAGCAUGUAUUUUCCCGUUGCGAGUCUUUAUUUCCAAAAACAUAUCUAACUGAUUGAUUUCAAAUGUAAUGUUUUUAUGACAAAAAAAAUGCUUAGUUUUUUGCUAUGUUCUGAUGAUAGCGGUUCACAGUGUAUUUUGGGAAAAGUUAACAUGUCACGGAAAUCAGGCCCGAGGUAAUAUGCGAGGUUUCUUGGUACUUUCCUUUGCACUUCGCCUUUUUUGGCUUACCAAGUCUAAUUAAGAAUCUUUCAUGUUACCAGAAUUGAAAAAAUAUCAAGCUCAUAUGACCAGUUUUAAUUCAACAUGUCAAACUUUGAGAAAAAAAAAAAACUGCCAUGAUCCAUGGGAGUACCAAGAUGGCGGCCAACUGGCUUCAACCAAUCGACAGACCGCUAGAUAUGUAUGCCCUAUCCAGUCUUUUUUUUUUCGU